GUGGUGUCCGGCCGCCUAAAAGUCGUAACCUUGAAUAGAAAUAAUUUAAUGGAAAUAGAAUAGAACUGAAUAAGGGUAUAGAGAAAACCUAGAGAGAGAGAUAGAGCGAGAGGGCUUCAUUUCUAUUUCCUUUUACUUUCAAAAGUCAAAACAAUCAAUCCAUUCCCUUUUCCAUAAUCUCAGAACCUCUCCCAUUUCCAUUCCCAUCUUCAUCUUCCUCUUUAUUUGGGUCUGGAGGUGUUGUGUGUUGUGGUCGGGUUUCAGAUCGACCAAUUUCAAGUAUCGUCUUUCUCUCAUGAGUUCCAAUACGGCAACUUCCAGCUCAGCGGCCGCUGGAUCGGCCGAUUCAUCUGCCACCCGAAGAAAUUCUAAGCGACCCAAAUAUUCGAGGUUUACUCAGCAAGAACUUCCAGCUUGCAAGCCCAUUCUUACUCCAAGAUGGGUGAUUUCAGCCUUUAUGCUUGUCAGCAUUGUAUUCAUCCCUAUUGGAGUUGCGUCGCUCUAUGCAUCACGCGAUGUGGUUGAAAUUGUUGAUCGAUACGAAACUGACUGCAUACCUGAGCCCUUUAGAAAGGACAAGGUCAAAUUCAUUCAGGGCCCUCAAGAUAAAGGGUGCAACAGAACAAUAACGAUUCCGAAGCGUAUGAAGCAGCCUAUAUUUAUCUAUUAUCAACUUGACAAUUUCUACCAGAAUCACCGCAGGUAUGUCAAGAGCCGAAGUGAUAAACAGUUAAGAAGCAACAAAAGUAUGGAUGAUGUUAGCACUUGUAAGCCUGAAAAUUAUAAGGGUCAGCUGCCAAUUGUGCCUUGCGGUCUAAUUGCUUGGAGUUUGUUUAACGAUACCUAUAACUUUACCCGUGGAAGCCAGCAGUUGGCAGUGAACAAAAAGGGUAUCUCGUGGGAGAGUGACAGGGAACACAAGUUUGGCAAAGAUGUCUUUCCAAAGAACUUUCAGAAUGGAACUGUUCAAGGUGGUGCAAUUCUUAAUGAGAGCAUACCGUUGAGUGACCAAGAGGACCUUAUUGUUUGGAUGCGAACUGCUGCUCUGCCAACCUUCAGAAAGUUGUAUGGGAAAAUAGAGACAGAUCUGGAGGCUAAUGAAGUCAUACAGGUGACAUUAAUGAACUACUACAAUACUUACAGUUUUAAUGGAAAGAAGAAGCUUGUGCUUUCCACUAGUAGUUGGCUUGGUGGCAAAAAUGACUUCAUGGGUAUUGCUUACCUCACUGUUGGUGGGCUGUGCUUCUUCUUGGCUAUGGCUUUCACCAUCGUAUAUCUUAUUAAACCAAGGCAACUAGGGGAUCCUUCAUAUUUAUCGUGGAACAGAAAUCCAGGACACUAAGGUUGUGGAACCACCUAGGUUUGGCUUGCCUCAAAGUAUGUUAUUUUAUAUGUAAUAUCUAAAGUGACCCGUGAAUGCAAUCAAGAAUCAUUUUGCUCUCUCUCUGAUGCUGGAAUUGAUUUGUUUUUUUCCCCUUGUUUUGUAUGAAAUAAUGACGACAUUAAAAGCUUCCUUGUAUAAAUCCAGAAAUAGUAUUAAUUAAUUACUUUCAA